AUGAUAAACAAUCUGUUUGCGAAUAAUAACACUAACUAGCCAAAUAUAUUUCAGAAUAAUAAUAACUAAAACAACAAUAAUAAUAGCAGUAAUAUCUUUAAUCGCAGCGGCUAGAACAUAUUCCAGUCAUAGAAUAAUAACGGAUAAGUAAAUAUCUUUAACGCCAAUAAUAAUAAUAAUUAAGUAGGAUACUAGAACUAGAGUUAAAACAUCUUUUAGCAAAAUAGUAACAUGAAUAAUGCCAGCAGCAGCAACAACAACAAUAUUUUUGGAAAUAACAUAAGUAAUAACAACAAUUAUGGUGGAGCUUAAAAUAAUAAUAUUUUUAACAACAAUAACUAAAAUAUGUACUAAAACAGUAAUAACCCUAAUGCUUUGAUAGGUUCUUAAAGAGGUAAGUAUGAAUUAACAAAAUCUCCUCACACUGAAACUUAAUAAAAUAAUCAAGCGGGAGUAAUAAUGAAUACAAGUAUUAUUUUCUGUAAAGGAUUUGAAAAAAUGAAUCCUUUGUUGGUAAGGCUCGAAGAUUAUUACUUGAUAAGAACAGGCAAAUUAUCUGAUGCUGAAAAAUAAAAAAUAACUAGCUCAAUAUAAAUAAACUCCUUUAACUAAAAUCUUAUUACCAACCUUCCUUAAAACUUUUAACCUCCAAACACUUAAGCAUUAAAUAAAGACAUUCGCAUGGUUUAAAGUUAAUAUGUAGGUAAUGUGAAUAAUAAUAAUAAUAUUUUUAACAAUAACAACAAUAACGGUAAUAAUAACAAUAUAUUUGCAAAUAAUAACAAUGUAAACAACUCAGUUAAUCGGAACAUUUUUAAUAACAACAACAUUAGCACUAACAACAACAUUAACAAUAACAACAAUGGCAAUAUAUUUAAUAAUAAUAAUAAUAACAUGAAUAAUAAUGGAGGAAAUAUCUUUUCUGGAAAUAAUAAUUAGAAUAAUAAUGUAAAUAACAUAUUUAGCUUUAACAAUAGUUAAAACAACAAUAUGAAUAAAUCUAAUAUCUUCAACAAUGGGAACAGCACUAAUAACACUAGCAAUAUUUUCUAAAAUAAUAAUACAAAUAUGGGAAACAACAGCAUAUUUUAAGGAAAUAACAAUAAUAACAAUAAUAAUAUUUUUAGAAAUGAUAAUUCUACAAAUAAUACUAAUUUGAAUAUUUUUAGUAAUAAUAACAACAACAUUAAUAAUAGUAUAUUUAGAAACAAUAAUAACAACAAUACAAAUAUUUUUAACAAUGGUAAUAAUAAUGGUGGGAACAAUACUUCAAGUAUCUUUAAUAAUAGUGGUAGCAAUAAUAGUGUUAAUAUUUUCAGAAGUAAUAACAAUAAUAAUGGAGGUAGCAUUUUCUCAAAUAAUAAUAAUAGCUCAGUCUAAAACAUAUUCUAAAAAAAUAACUCCUCAAUAUUUAAUAACAACAAUAAUAACGGAGGUAGCAUUUUUAAUAACAAUAACUCAAUAUUUGGGCCUAAUGUUUAGGGAGGAAAUAUAUUUUAAAAUAACAACAAUAAUAAUUUUAACAAUGGAAAUAUUUUUACAAAUUAUAACAAUCCUUAAAUGUACUAAUCAAACCUUCCUGGACCUGCUAACGGAUAUUAUUCUAUUUAAUCGGGUAUGUAUUAUGCUCCAACAAUCUAAACUGGUGAUUUAACUAGAUAAUAAUAUUUAGAUCUGCUAGAAUAAGAAGCUGAAGAUAAAAAGGUAGUUAAAUAAUCGUAUUUUAUGCCAUCAUUUUGUCCUGAAGAAUAUGCUCCUGCUUUUAGGAAAAAGCCCAUAUUUAAGCCAUUUUAUGUAACAGUUUAAGAAGAAAAAGGGAUAAGAAAGUUAGCAAAGUCACUUCUUCCUCUUUAAGAAACUAUAGCAAAAACUUAAAGAGGCCAUUCUUCAGAGACUACUUCAAAUGGAAAAAAUGAUUCAUUUUAGCUCACAUAAUCUGCAAUAAAGUAAAGGAAAUAAAUGGAAGAAUUUAAUUUCUAUAAAUAGCCCGCCUAAGAAACAAAGGGUAGAGAAAUGUACGCUAGAUAGCAACUAUCCCAUACGAACCCAGUUAGCAUUAAAGUUGAAGUACUUUGUAGCACUCUGGAAGGAGAAGAAGAGGAAAUUACUUUAGAGAACUAAAUAGAUACACUAAGUAAAAUAAAAUAAAUAGGAUUAUAUUGUAAAGACCAUUUACUAAAAAUGGGUAAAAUGAAAGAAGACUCUCGUCCUUACUCAUUUUAAAUUUAUUAUGAUGGAAGUCUCAUUAGAAACCAAGAAUUACUAGCAAGUGAUGUCUUUCCUGUUAAGUUAGAAGCUACUUAUUAGUGUGAAGUCAUAUUCUUGUACGAUAGGUAUCCUUUUAUGAAUACUUCUGAUUACAUAAUCAACCCACCUUUGGAAGAGCUUCAGACUUAUUCAUUAAAAGAGUUGAAAAAUGUUCAUAAUUUUAGCGUAGAAGGUCAUUAUGGAAAGUUAGAGUGGUAAGAACCAGUUGACUUAACAGACUUAGAUAUUGACAAGACCAUUUACAUUAGAGAUUAGCAAAUAUAAGUUUAUCCUGAAGUUGAAUAUGCAUCAAAAUACAAACCAAAAGUAGGAGAAGGAAUAAAUAAUAAAUGUAUGAUCACAUAUAAGAAUGCAUCUUCAAUACAAAGGAAAAUUAAAUCUGGAGAGCUCAAUCUAUAAACUGUAAUUAAGUGCAUAAAAAAGUAAAGUGAUGAAUAAAAUGUCUAAUUUGUUAAAUUUGAUCAAAAAAAUCUAACUUGGACAAUAUUAGUUGAUCAUUUUUCAGGAUAUUAAUUUAAUCUUGAUGAGUAAGACGAUGAAGAAAAUAAGGAAGGACAGGAUUCUGCUGCUAAUUUAUAAAAUGUAUCAAGCAAUUCAAAUUCUAGAUCAAAUCCAUCUAAGUAGUAAUAAUUAAUCUAAGGUUAACAAUAAUUUAAUUAAGACUCGUAAAGAACUGCCAAUUAGUAAUUACAAUAAUAAUAAUUAUAGGCUGAAAAUUAGUUUUAACAAAAGAUAAAUAGCUCUUACUAAUAGCUUCCGAUGAGAUAACAUAUUUAAAAUUCUAACUAAUUUAAGUAAAUAUAUGGUUAAAAUGAGCAUUAGCCUUCUGAAACAUAAAAAUAUAUCAAUUAAAUGAGAGAGCAAUAGAAUGUUAGCAAGUCUUAGGAAAAUUCAUUUAUUCAACAAGAUUAUCCAAUUACUUCUCAUUAACAAUAAAACAGCAACUACUAAAUGAAUGAACAUAAUUAAUAUUAAAAUUAACCUAGUUAUAUGAAUCGCGGCUAAUUAUAGCAAUAACAAUAUUAUGGAACUCAUAUUGAUCCUUCUAAUGAUAUUAUAAUUGAAGAAGUUGAAAACGGAUCAUAUAAUAAUACUUAAGCAGAUAUUGAUACUUUGAAAUCUUAAGCUUAAGAAUUAAUUGAGCCUGUUUAUCAGUUGCCAAAGACUUCAUAUUAGUAGUUCUUACGCUAGCAAAAUAAUGAAGAAUAAUUUGUAAAUUUGUAAAACAAGUAGAAGCCCUUAAAUAAUUUUAAAGAUUUUAAAACUAGAGUAGACCAACGCAAAAAUAAAAUAUUUUAAAAAGAAUAGCAAGUCCCUAAAUGUGGUGUUCUUUACUAAAGUGUUAAAAAACAUGAGAUUGUAGCCAGAGGUAUUUAGACUUUAAACCAAUGUCUUUACUAACACUCAGUAAAGGAGUACACAUUUAAAGGGAAGAAAUUUUACAAUGACUUUUCUUUUUGUCCCUCUUGGAACUAAAAUAGUUAUACAAGCUAUUCUUCUAAGCUUAAAGCAAUUAAAAAGCACACAAUUCUUCCAAACAAUAUGGGAAGGAUAAAAAUUAAAGAUAAAUAGAGAGAUUAAAUUGAGAAAUAUAACAACAUAGUCAUUAACGGAUUUUUAUAAAGUAUUAUUGAUAGUUAAGCAACUAAUGUAAUAGAAAAUAUAGAUCAAAUCACUAAAUUAUAUACCAAAGACUAAGGAAUGUCUGAUACCUAGAUUUGGAGCACUCUUCCUGAAAUAAAAAUUCCUACAGAUAACCAAUACACAUUAUUUUUAAUUAUCUAUAUAAAAAAUUAUCUUUUACCAGUUUUAAGUGCAUCAAAAAAUAAUCAAAACGAUUUAUACCAGUCUUUAAAAGAAGAACUAAGUAUACUUAUCAUGGUCAAUAUACUUUUUGGUAAUCCUUAAAUAGAUGUUAUCUCGAUUUUAAAGAAGGUAAAUAAAAAUUCAUUUAGUGAAAAUCAAUGGAAGGUACUCUUUGAAGGUCUAAGAAAUAACAAGAUGAAUUAAAAUGAAAAAGUUGUACAAAAUUUGAGAAAGAAAUAACUAAAAAAGUACUUUGAGUGGAAAUAUUCUGAAAAUAAAGUCUAAAUUAAUGAGUAAAGAGCAUUCUUAGAUAUGAAGGAAAUGAAAACUCAAGAAGAAGUUGAAGAUGCUAUAAUUUAAUGCCUCAAGAAUCAUUAAAUUUAAAAUGCUAUUUAAUUAGCUGAUAAUUAUAAAUUACAUACUAUAAGCCAUCUUUUAACAACUUUUGAAUAAGGAUCUGUUGAAAAUUAGAUAAAAUAGCUUAAUCAAGAUAAAUACCAAAACUUUAAUAGAAUAAUUAAUUUUGUUAGCGGCAAUUUAGAAGAAUUGUACAAAUAAAGCUAGAGAAAUGAAAUAUCAAAUUUAAAUAAAUUUGCUUGUGAAAUUUGGUAUUAAAAAAAUUAGAGAUAGAGUUUAGCAGAAACUUUUGAUUAAUUUGUAUAAAAAGUAGAUAAAUAAAUAUAUGAUGUUGAUUCAAGAUAAUAAAUAAUCUCAUUAGAAAUUCUUCUAUUGUCUCUUUAUGCUUAGCAUUAGUUAGGUGAAAAUUAUGUAAGUAAAUAGCUUGUAAAUAUCAAUAUAUUUGCUUAAAUAAAUUCAUAGUGUUAUUCUUAAAACAGACUUGAUAAACGUCUAAGUUGGUUUAUUAUUGAAUUUAUGAAUAGCGUCUAUUUUAGUAAUGAUAAAGCUCUUUUGAAAGAUAAACGUGCAAGACUUAUGAGAGGUUUUCUUUAAUAACUAUAAAUUUUGAAGAAAUGGAAAUAUGAAUUAAUAGUUUUGAUAAUAAUGAAAGAUAUUAUCAGAAAACCAUAAUUUAUUUCUAGCAUAAAGAAUACAUUCUUACGUAACUGUAUUCCUUAAAUAAGUUAAGAAGAUAAAUCAGAAGUAGGCUAGCCAAAUAAUUUAAAUAAUAAAUUCUUGAUUUAAUCCAGCAACAGAGACAGUUCUUCUGAUAAUUCAUUAGAAAUCAACAAAAGUUUUCAAAUUGACUCAGAAAAUAGCAACAGUGUUGAACGUUUGCUAUACUUAAUAUAUACUUAGUAUUUCCAUCAAUCCUUAGGAUUGUAUUAUUAUAAUUCUCAAAUUUAUUAGUCUGCACUAUAUCACUUUAUGAGAGAUCCCAAUUUAACAUAUUUAGAUAUUAGCAAUAAAAUAUUAGCAUACUAUGAAGGACCUCGUAUAUAUUUAUUUGGUGAAUAGAAUGAGCGCUAAGAGAUUGAAAAGUACUUGGAACAGAUUGCAAAAAAAGCAAAUUUAAUUUUCAAAUACAAGUAUUAAUCUGGGUUAAUAAAAGAAGUUUUUUCCCUUUUGCAAAGUAAUAACUAAGACCAAUAUAAGCAAGAAUAUAUAAAUGGCAUUAUAAAUCUUAAAGAUCUCCUAUUAGAAACUCAAAAUGUGUUAAAUUUAGUUAUUUAUCCCCAUCAAUAUCAAGUUAUAGUAGAUAAUUAAGAAUUUUAAUCUAAGAAUAGAAGACUACAAAGUAAGACUGAUGAUUCAGUAACAACUUUAGACAAUGGCGGAAUGCUCUUCUAAGAAUUUAUUUCUUUCAUAUUCUAAUAACUUGCAGAAAAGGUACCAGAUAUUAGAAGAUAUUCUUAACAUUAUUAAACUUCUGGUGAUAUUCAACAACUCUUAGAAAUAGUAUCUGAGCAUAAAGCCCCUAAAAAUGAAUAAAUAAAGCACCUCAUCCUAUCAACUUUAAAAUAAAAUUAAUAUAUGUGA